AUGUCUUCUUCUACUAUUGUUAAAAUUCUCUCACUCGUGAUAUCUGCAUCUGUCAUUAUACAAACUACAAUGGCAGGUGAUCCAGAUAUCCCGAGUGAUUUCAUAGCUCCAGACGGAUUCCCUAUUGAUGGGAAAUAUUUCACCUUCACUGGUAUGCGCGCGUUCGUGCAACAAUCUGCUCCGCCCUCAUAUUUCACGUAUCUGAGGGCGAGCAAGGAAGAAUUUGCAGCUCUUGAUGGACUGAGUGUGGCAACUAUUAUCCUGGGAUUCCGUCCGGGAGACGUUAGUCCACCGCACAUCCACCCUCGUGCAUCGGAGCUACUCUUCGUUGUGGAGGGAAGCCUUGUAGUUGGAUUUGUGGACACAAACAAUAAGCUCUUCACUCAGAAGCUUCAAACUGGGGAUAUGUUUGUAUUCCCAAAAGGACUAAUCCACUUCCAACUCAAUGAAGACCCUAAGAACCAUGCUAUUUCUGUAUCUUCAUUGGGUAGUGCCAGUCCUGGCCUUAUAUUAGUUCCUAACAAUUUGUUUAACACCUCAGCUACCAUUGAUGACAGAGUUUUGGCUUUGUCCUUUAAGACAAACGUUUCCACUAUUCAACUCUUGAAGAAAGCUUUGUCAACGCCAUACAAUUGA